AUGACGGAACAGCAGGAUAUGCCCAUUGUGACGAUGAAAUCACCGAAUCCAGGCAUCAUGGAGAACUCGACUCCAUUGGCUGAGAUAGAACCAGCCCCCAAGGUCGAUCCGUAUAAACGCGACUUACAUUUCUGGAUGGUCUUCCUCUGUAUUAACACGUCCCAAUUCCUCACGGCUCUAGAACUGGCUUCGGUGACCACUGCUCUUCCGAGCAUAGUUGAUGCAUUGCAUGGUGAACAGUUCGUGUGGGUCGGAUCAGCGUACACAAUUUCCACGACAGCCUUCGUUCCUCUCAGUGGAAACCUUGCCCAGAUAUUUGGCCGUAGGGCUAUUAUGUUGGCCUCCGUUGCUUUCUUCGGUGUUGGCAGUGCACUCUGCGGCGCUGCACCCUCGAUGAACUUCCUCAUUGCUGGAAGAGCCGUUCAAGGAGUUGGAGGUGGCGGAAUUCAGUCGAUGUGUCAGAUCAUCCUAUCCGACCUCGUUCCUUUGAAAGAUAGAGGGGUGUUCAACGGUUUCAUUGCGAUGAGUUUUGUCGUCGCAAGUGGCAUUGGACCUGUAGUGGGCGGAGCAUUUGCUCAGCACGGACAAUGGAGGUGGUUGUUCUAUCUCAAUCUUCCGAUUUGCGGUGUAGUUGAACUUCUGGUUAUUCUCUUCUUGAAACUUCGCAUUCCUCCUGGCACAUUCAAAGAGAAGCUGAGAAUGAUUGACUGGCUGGGCAAUGCCAUCGUAAUUGGGGCAACGACAUCCAGCAUGAUUGGGUUAACCUGGGGCGGGGUCCAGUACUCUUGGACGUCGGUGCAUAUUCUUUUGCCGUUGAUUCUCGGUUUAUGCGGUCUGGUGGGCUUCAUGGUAUUUGAAGCAUACGUUCCGAAGAAUCCGAUCAUUUCGUAUACUCUCAUGGCAAACCGGACUUCUACGAGUGGCUUUUUGCAGACAAUGAUACUCUUCACCGUCAUCUUGUGUAUGCUCUAUUACAUGCCAGUGUACUUCCAAGCGUGCAAGGAUGCUUCGCCAAUUGCCUCCGGUGUUGACGUGUUCGGCUUGGCCUUCAGUAUUGCACCUAUGGCUGUAAUUUCCGGUCUGUCUAUCGCGAGGUCCCACCACUAUCGACCACAAAUAUGGAUAUCCUGGGCGCUGGUCAUCGUUGGCAUGGGUCUCCUGAGUAUAAUACAUGCCGACACGCCGCGCUCCCGGGUGAUCGGUUUCGAGAUCGUGGCGGGAAUUGGAGUGGGCAUGCUCACUGCAGCUGUUUUCUUCCCUGUCCUCGCCCCACUGCCAGUCCAGUACAACGCACAGGCUCUCUCUCUAUACACGUUCUUCCGCAAUUUCGCUAACAUCUUGGGUGUCACGAUUGGAGGAACGGUACUGCAGAACGAGCUAAAGAAAAAGCUUCCGCCUGCAUUCACCCAGGAGUUUCCCGAGGGCUCAGCCAUCGCGUACUCCAUCAUCCCGCUCAUCCCGACGCUCCAGGAGCCGCUCAAGAGUGAAGUGCAGUUGGCGUUCGCAACGAGUCUGCGCGUCGUCUGGCAGGUCUUGAUCGGCAUUGCCGGGCUCGGGUUCCUCUUCAGUUUGUUCAUGAAGCACUUGCCGCUGCAUACGAGCGUAGAUGAGACGUGGGCCCUUGAAGGUAGCGAUGGUGCGGGGGACGAAACACAUGAACUCGAAGCCAAUGCUAGCCACACCAUGCAACCUGAGUCGUAA